AUGUCAAAAGCCGAUCCAAAUAAUCCUCCCAAUGUUCCUAAAGGGUGGAUUGCUAAGUUUGAUAACAACUACAAGACUUGGUUUUAUGUUGAUUUGAAUACUAAGAAGUCGCAAUGGGAGGCGCCACCAGGAACAACAUGGGGCGCCCCUAGCACUGACGAUAUCCCUCCUCCUGCUUAUAGUCCCCAAGAUGCUCCAAAAGCUACCCCUGUAUCACAAUCCAGUCUGAUCAAUAGAACUGCUGCACCUCCACCACAACAAAGUUACUCUCAACAGGGUGGACCUGCACCAGGUGGCCAUGGUUAUCAACAAUAUCCUCCACAAGGAGGGUACCCUCCUCAGCCAGGGUAUGGUGGUUACCCUCCUCAGCAAGGAUUUGGCGGUUAUCCUCCUCAACCAGGGUACGGUGGAUAUCCACCACAACCGGGGUAUGGAUACCCACCUCAACCACAAUACCCACCUCAACAAGCACAACGUCCACAACAAAGUGGUAGUAGGUUUGGUGGUGCAGGUGGUAUGGCCCUUGGUGUUGGUGGUGGUUUAUUAGGUGGAAUGCUUUUAGGUUCAGCUAUCAACAACUUUGAAGAUCAUCAACAAUAUGAAGCUUACCAAGAUGGAUACCAGGAUGGAUUCCAAGAUGGUGAUGAUUAUGGGGAUUUCGGAGGAGGAGAUUUCGGAGGGGGUGAUUUUUAA